AUGUCAGGAAAAAUUUCUGGAUUAAUUGCACGCAUUCGAAAUAUUAUACCAUCAGUUACUUGGCAUCAUUGCUGUAUUCAUCGUGAAGCUAUGGUCUCUAAGAAAAUACCAACAAAAUUAAAAGAAGUUUUAGAUGAAGCUGUAAAAAUUGUGAAAUUUAUAAAAGCCAAAUCAUUAAAUUCAAGACUUUUUGAACAACUUUGCAAGGACAUGGAUAGUGAACAUUAUCAACUUCUAUUACAUUUUGAAAUUCGUUGGGUAUCUCGGGGUAAAGUGCUCUCUCGUUUGUUUGAGUUAAGACAUGAGGUUAGAUUAUUUUUCAUCGAACAUAAAUCAUCAUUUACGUUAAGUGAACGUUUAAAUGAUUUUUCUUGGUUGGCUAGUUAA